ACAUGUAGCUCGAAGUCUGAGUCGAUUACUUCAAAUUAAGUUACGUACAAUAAGUUUGACUAGGAUGAUAAAUUUUAUGAUCUUGUUCCUAGGAUUAUUUUGGCUACAAGAAACAGUGCAGGCGCAGGAUUUCCAGCCUCCUGUUCAAGAAAACGCUUUCAGUGAACUUUUAAGACUCGAAGAGAAGUUACUGCCGGAAUUGGAUGCAUUCGUCGCAAAAAAAGAAGAUUACUUGAAAGAGCUCCACAAGAUAAUACAUCAGAUGGAAAUUUUAAAGAAACCUUCGAAUAAGAGCGUGCAAAGCUUCCUGGGAACUCCACUGAAUCAGUACUUCCUUAUUAAGCGAUUUAUUGACAAUUGGGGAACUCUCGACGAUUAUCUUCAAUCUGAUACUUCAACACAUGAUUUACUCUCUCAAAUAAAGCUAAAAAAGGACGCGAUUCCCGCUAAAGCCAAACUCAACGAAAGAUUGCGGGUCCUAGAGGAUACACAUAACAUCGAUCCCGAGGGAUAUCGGGUCUCUUUGUGAUACAUGCUCAUAAAAAUAGAAUUCUGUCUUUUGUUGUGAGCAAAACUGACUACACACAUUAAUAGGGUAAUUAAGUAUUACUGACUGAGCUGAUAACGUAAAUUGGUCACCGUAAAGAGUUUAAAGGCUGACGUUUCGAGCGUUAGCCCUUCGUCGCUCUGACCAAGGGCCAACGCUCGAAACGUUGGCUUUUACACUCUUAACGGUGGCCAAAUCACGUUAUCAACUCAGUUGAUAAUACUAAAUUACCCUGUUAUACUCUCCCACUGACGCACCACCACAGUUUCCCUAGAAACUUACCCCCUUUACGCACAUUGAUAAUAUAACUUUUAGCGAUUCAUUUUUUGUUUGUUUGUAACGUGAUAUUGGCACCGAUCUGUGGCUAAUACAGAGGGGAUUCAUAAUUGUGACAAACAUAUAUAUAUUUUAAACAGCUUGAAAGCCUUCCGAUCCUUCAGCUUUCUCCCCCUCAAGAUCUGUUUCGCACCUCUCCCAUCUGACUGUUAUCUAUUUCUAAGUUAAUCAGUCAAGUAAUUUGGUGUUUAAUCGAGUUGGCAUUAUCAAGCUCUUUCGUUUAUUUGUUCUUAUUGACCGUUUGUGGAAUAUGACAGAAAACGACACACCACUGUUUGAUUUUGUGCAAGGUUUUCUUUAAAAAAAGGCGUAAACAUUUGAAAUUGAAGG